GGAGGGGCUUGGGGGGUGGCUGGGUUGGGGGCUGGCUGGGCUGGUUUUGCCCGAAGUUUGGUGAAGGUCCUUCUUCCCGCCCCUCCCUCUGUGGGGCUCAUCCCCGUCGGCAUGACGACGUCUCCGGGCUACCUGGUCAUCCUGUUCGGGACCACCGCCGGAGCCAACGGGGCUCGGCUGGGCUCCGAUGAGAGAGAGUUGAUCCAGCUGCUGUGGAAGGUGGUAGAUCUGAGCAAUAAGAAGUUGGGAAAUCUGCAUGAGGAGUUGAUCGGGCCCGAUCACUUGGAGCUGACGGACGAGUGCAAAGAAGAAACCGGCCUCGCCGAGGACCGCCUGGCGCUCGCCCCGCAGCUGGAGCAAGCUCUGAGACAGUUUAACCAGUCUGUGAGCAAUGAACUAAAUAUUGGUGUAGGUACCUCGUUCUGUCUCUGCACAGAUGGGCAGCUUCAUCUCAGGCAAGUUCUUCAUCCUGAAGCUUCCAAAAAGAACAUCUUGUUGUCUGAAUGUUUCUACUCAUUUUUUGAUCUGCGGAAGGAAUUCAAGAAAUGUUGCCCUGGCUCACCUGAAAUCGACAAAUUAGAUGCUAAAGCCAUGGCGGAAUAUCUGAAUCUUGACAAGAGCAGUUCACAACAGAAUUUUGGAGCGUCUCAGGUGGAAGACAUGGGAAACGUCAUUUUAACACUCAUCUCAGAACCAUACAAUCACACAUUUUCAGAUCCAGAAAGGGUGAACUACAAAUUUGAAAGUGGGACCUGCAGCAAGAUGGAACUUGUAGAUGAUAACACCAUAAUCCGAGCAAGAGGCUUACCAUGGCAGUCAUCGGACCAGGACAUUGCUAGGUUCUUCAAAGGCCUUAAUAUUGCCAAAGGAGGGGCCGCACUUUGCCUCAACGCCCAAGGCAGGAGGAAUGGAGAAGCUCUUGUCAGGUUUGUCAGCGAGGAGCACCGAGAUCUGGCGUUGCAAAGACACAAGCAUCACAUGGGGAACCGGUACAUUGAGGUGUACAAAGCGACUGGGGAGGACUUCUUGAAAAUUGCUGGAGGCACGUCCAAUGAAGUGGCUCAGUUCCUUUCGAAAGAGAACCAAGUGAUCCUUCGUAUGCGCGGCCUCCCGUUCAACGUCACCACCGAUGAAGUGUUGGCAUUCUUUGGUCAGCACUGUCCCGUGACGGGUGGAAAAGAAGGGAUCCUUUUCGUGACGUAUCCUGACAGUAGGCCGACAGGGGAUGCGUUUGUGUUGUUUGCCUGUGAGGAAUAUGCACAGAAUGCGCUAAAGAAACACAAGGACUUGUUGGGCAAAAGGUACAUAGAGCUCUUCAGGAGUACAGCUGCUGAGGUCCAGCAGGUACUGAACAGAUACUCGUCUGUGCCUCUCAUUCCUCUCCCCGCUCCGCCCAUCCUUCCCGUACUACCUCAGCAAUUUGUACCUCCCACCAACGUCAGAGACUGCAUACGGCUGCGGGGGCUUCCGUAUGCCGCCACUAUAGAAGACAUUCUGGGAUUCUUAGGGGAGUUCUCUGGAGAUAUCAGGACUCAUGGGGUUCACAUGGUAUUAAAUCACCAGGGUCGUCCCUCCGGAGACGCUUUUAUCCAGAUGAAAUCUUCAGACCGAGCAUUUAUGGCUGCUCAGAAGUGCCAUAAGAAAACCAUGAAGGACAGAUAUGUCGAAGUCUUUCAGUGUUCUGCAGAGGAGAUGAACUUUGUGUUAAUGGGGGGCACUUUAAAUCGAAAUGGCUUAUCCCCACCACCAUGUAAGUUACCAUGCAUGUCUCCUUCUUCCUACUCCUUCCCUGCUCCUGCGGCAGUUAUCCCGACGGAUGCGGCACUCUACCAACCCUCCAUGCUCCUCAACCCACGGACACUUCAGCCUUCUACAGCAUAUUAUCCAGCUGGCACUCAGCUCUUUAUGAAUUACACAGCAUAUUACCCUAGUAUGCAGCAGAGAAUGGAUCUGUACACGCAGAUGAAUCGGCCAGGUCAGUGCCCAAAGAACGGAUUUGUCUUCAAAGGUCCAAGCAGUUAGAUUUUCCUAACAAAGGCUCCACUUAAACUUCCUUCACAACUUCAGCCAACCAGAUGCCGGUCCCUCUGACUUCACUCCUAAUCUACAGUGGCUGAAUCCUUCUAGCACAUGGGAAGUUUCCACUGUCUUGGAUAUCUACCUGUCAUUUUGUGUUUUCGUGGUGUUUUCUAAUUAUUAUUUGGAAACAAAAACUAGGCAUAUGCACAGUUGGCCAUAGGGAUGCUUCUCUCCCUGCGCACACCCCAGGUGCAAGCUUGCCGUUUAAAGUUUCUGGGACAUUCACUACUUUGAUAGCACAGUUGCCAAAUUCACAAGGGAGGGAUAUUGCUGGAUGUUUUCUUUGCCCUGGCAUUCAAAGCGUUAAAUUCACCUAUCACACAAAGGGUUCUCCUUGAUCACUACAAAAUCACUAUAAAAACAAAAGAAAAACCCAAAUUGUUAGAAAAACAUAUCAUGACAAAACCAACCUUUCAUUUUUAUUUGCACACAAAAUUAUUAUUUUUAUAUAUCCAUAAAAUAAAGGCUUCUUAAGACCUUGGGAUUGUGCCUUUUGGGUUUUUUUAUAUAUAUAAAGAAUUGUUUGCUUUGUGUUUGUAUAUAUUUAUUUGUUUAAAAAACUGGAUUCUAGCCAGGCUUACUUGACAGUCUAGAUUUGGUUAAGAAUGUGAAAUGCAAUACUUUGAGGGAGAAAAUGCUGUAACAUUUUUGUAAAAUAGAUUAUAUAUUAUUAUAUGCAUAUAAAGUAUAAAAUGUAAUGUUCUAAACUUGUAUAUUGCACAUUUGGACUACUGUAUAUUUAAGUUACUAUCCCAUUAUUAUUUUAAUGUGGGGGAAUGAGGGUAUUGUAACAAUACACAAACCCUUCAAUUCUUCUCUCACAAGAUACAGAACUUAUAAUUACUGGUAUGAUAAUAAAAUCUGACACUUGGAAAUAAUGGGAACACGAUACUUGCUCACAGUGGUCUUGACUACGGAGGCAGUAAUUAGAUUGGAUGGUAUUGGAGGUUUAUCGGAGAUUAUUGGGAGAAUUGUAACCCAGAGACUCUCCUUUUAACUUUUAGUACCUGCCCCGUCUGCUGAGUUAAAAGAAUGAAUUGUUACCGAAAGCAUUAAAAAAAUAAAUUAAAAACAGACCAUA